AUGGAUUUACGCCCAGUACCGUCCAAGUCUAGCAGCGCCACAGAGGUGGACCCCCGUCCUGAGUGGGAGAUAGACGAGUUUCGCACAGAGCAAUACGGCGGCGACGACCCACGAGACCCGCCUUCGAGGCAGCCGGGCCCCUACCUGCCCCCUCAGAAAGAGGAGGUGCUUGACUAUGACAAGGUAACCUGGGACGGCCCCGAUGACCCCGAAAACCCGCAGAGCUGGUCGCUCGCACGCAAGUGGGGCAUCACCGUUAUAUGCCUCCUCAUGACCGUCAACGUAACAUUCGCCUCCUCUGCGCCGUCCUUCGCCGGCACCAACAUCGCCGCGCACUUCCAUAAGCCGAAGGAGACCGCCUACCUCGUCACCUCCGUCUUCCUCUGCGGCUACAUAUUCGGGCCCUUCAUCUGGGGACCCGGCUCCGAGCUGCUCGGGCGCAAACCCAUGUUCAUCGUCGCACUCAGCGCCUACACUCUCCUGCACCUCGGCCAGGCUCUCGCGCACAACAUUGAGACGUUGCUCGUGACCCGUUUCCUCGGCGGCUUCUUCGCCGUCGCUCCCCUCACUAACUGCGGGGGCGUCAUAGUGGAUAUUUGGGACCCCGUCAACCGCGGGCACGCCACCAGUAUGUUCGUCGCGGGCGUGUUCACCGGUCCCGUGCUCGGCCCCAUCGUGGGUGGAUUUUUGACCUCGAGCUACCUCGGGUGGAGGUGGGUAUUCUGGAUCAUGAUGAUUUUUGCAGGGACCUGCACAGUGAUCAUGAUCUUCUUCCUGCCCGAGACGUAUGCACCCGUCAUCCUGCAGCGGAAGGCCCGCAGGUUGCGGAAGGCAGACCCUGUUGCAAAUAAGGACAAGUUCGCCGAGCACGAGAAGUCAGACUGGUCCGUCCGGGGCGUCCUGCAUCGCACGCUAUACCGGCCCAUCAUCAUGCUCGUGAUGGAGCCGAUCCUCGUACUCGUCACGCUCUACACCGCGUUCAUCUACGGCAUCCUCUACUCCCUGUUCGAAGCGAUGCCUGUGAUCUUCAUGGGGAAACACGGCUUCACAAUUGGCGAGUGCGGGCUGAUCUUCAUCGGUGUUGGGAUUGGGACGACCUUCGGCGCCGCCACUUUCUGGUUUUUGUCGCGCCACCACGACGCGCUGAUCCCCAAGUGGCAUGGUUUCCCGCCGCCAGAGGGGCGCCUCACCGGCGCGAUGAUCGGCGCGCCCACGCUCAUCAUUGGCUGCUUCUGGCUCGGCUGGACCGGCGCGUACGCGAGUGUGAGCUGGGUCGCGCCCGCGUUCGCGACGAUCUUCAUCGGGUACGGCGUUAGCCUCGUUUUCGUCUCGUUCAUCUCGUACCUUGUCGACACGUACCUCUUAUACGCUGCCUCCGCACUCUCGGCGAAUACGCUCGUUCGCUCCGCUAUCGCAGCCGGCUUUCCGCUCUUCACAGUCCAGAUGUACGACAACUUGGGCAUCAAUUGGGCGUGCACGUUACUAGGCCUCAUCCUGGUCGUCCUCCUACCAAGCCCGUUCCUGUUCUACAAAUACGGCGCUGCGAUCCGGAAGAGGAGUCGCUUCUCGCCGUCGCCCGACCUGCGCAUCGCAGAGCUGCUCGAGGCCGAAGCGAUCGGCGCAGCAGCAGACGACGAGGAGCCCGAGAAGAAGGUGUAA